ACUUUCACCGAGUUAAAUCCGCUCUUCAGGUAUUUUCCUCCGAAUUUAUAAUAUAGAGCAAAACGAUUGGUUCCAUACUGAGCAAGAAUCGGUUAUAAGAUUGAUAAAAAACAAUUUUGAAAUCUUCGAUUAUAGAUCAGUAAUAGAACUGCAAUUCUUGCAUGGCUUUUAACCCUUUGCAGAAACAUCGACGUAUUAUAUUCAAAACAAUACAUAAUUCAAUUAAUAUGAAGAAUAGACUUAUUGAGAAAAGGAAUUUGAAAUAAAAUUACUAAUGUAUUUUCACAAUAAAAUUUCAGAGAUUUUUUUUUCUACCAAUCUAAUCGUUCCAUCUACAUAUCUAUGAUGUAGGCGUAUAAUGUUAAAGUUAUAAAUUGAUUUUAAGUAUUUAAUUUGUUUUAAUGAUAACUAUGUGAAGAUAAAUCAACAAUAUUGUAGGACUAAACCGCGUAUGUAAUUUUUUUUAUUUUUGAGGUGGAGAAGUAUUUCACAUUAAUUCAUCAGUCAAUCAAUCAAGUUAAUAAAUUUCACAUUAAUAAGGUCUAUGUAUAAUAUAGAUAAAAUUACCUACAUUAAUCAUACUGUAAACAAAACCGUGGUCAUUGUCUUUAAUACUUUAGGAAAUAGAGCCAACAAAAUGAUGUUUUUAGAGCCAAAAAUGUGUUUUUCCUUACUGUAAAGAUAUCAUUAACUUUUUUGUAUCAAAGCCAUUAAUUAUCAAAUUGCAACGUAAACGUAGCACAGUGAUAAACAAAUUUCGAUUUCCCUUUAACCAUGGCCGUUAUGAUAGGGUUUUCAUUUAAUUAUUCUAUUGAAGUCAAUUGAGUAUCCGCUCGUGCGGCAGUGUAGUUUGAAUACGAACUGAUAACAGCCGUGUUUGUAUCACAAAAAUGUAGAAAUCGUUUUUAAAUCUUGGAAAACAGCUCAUGUGUGCGGUGUAUUUAUUCGGUAGAGGAACAGUUUAUUUGAGUGUUUUAUAUAGAAGUAACAAAGCUUUCGUUAAGUGUUAAUAUUUAAAAAUAGAAUACUUUUGGUUCACAAUAUAGUUCUGUUUCGAGUAAAAGAACGGUGUCGUUUUUCAAAAAGGGAAGUGUUAGCAAUGGCUUCGAGGGUGCUUGGUUUCUGGCGUCGGUCGCUACAGCGGCGGCCAGUGUUGACCAACACGGCUGUGUACGCGGCCUUCUACACUGCCGCCGAACUCUCCCAACAGACUUUCAACAAGAUCUAUUCGCCAGAAAAACCCGAACUGGAUCUUGCUUCGGCAGCGCGCAUCGUGUCGGUUGGCAGCUCCGUAUACGCACCAACGCUUUAUUUCUGGUACAAAUUCUUAGACAGCAAAUUCGCGGGGAACGCGCUGAAGGUAGUGGCGACCAAAGUGUCUGCCGAUCAGUUUCUCAUGACUCCUGUUUUGCUGGCUACAUUUUUUACCCUCUUGGGAGUGUUAGAGCGAAGAGAGGACGUAUUUGAGGAACUUCGUGAGAAGUACUGGAAGACGUUUAUCGCGAACCAGACGUUCUGGAUACCGGCGCAGACCAUCAACUUUUUCUUCAUGCCUCCACAUUUGCGCGUGGUGUACGUGGCGUCCACCUCGUUCAUAUGGAUCAAUGUGUUGUGUUUCAUAAAGCGACAGAAAUCUGAGAAGCAGCUUGAAUAAUGUGAAUAGUUUUUUUGUAUUUAUUGAUAGUCUAAGAUUAAUAGUAGGUAGUAGGUACAAUGUAAUCGGGUGUAAGAGUCAAAUAUUAAGUUUACAGAGGUGAAGAUUGUAUUAGAAAAAAUCUUGUUUGAAAUCUCUGAUUCCCUAUUCUUUUCUUUUCCUUCGCAAUAUCAAUUGUUUAGGAUUUUAUUUGGUCAAAUAUAACAUUACUCAGCUCUAUCUUUUUUGUUAUCGUAUUUGUUGUGAUUUUGUAUUCUCUUGUUUUUCAAAAUGCUUCCACCAAUUUGUGUAGUACCUGCAUGUGUGACUUCGAAUAAUGUGACGUAUGUUUAAAUCUAUUGAAUAAAUCUGUAUUUUGUAUA